AUGCGCACCAAGCUUCUCUCUGUACUGCUGGUGCUGUCGACCAGCCUGCUGCUCUUCACGUCCUGGCGGUCUACGCAUCCAUCUCAUCGUAUCGUCCAGUUGCUGGAAUAUGGUCGUCACACGACCAUCUCCAUCACCACAGACGAGCACACGUGGACUUUUCCGGGUACGAGCAUCAAUGACAGUGUACCUUGGACAAGCGAGCCGCUCUAUGGCUCGCACAGUGUAGGAUUUGGCGGUGUGCUGUCAAGUCAAUGGGCAGCUCUCGGCAACAGUGGCAACCCCGCCAAAGCAGGCAAAGCCAAACCGGGCAAUCUCUCCCGUACCCUCGACACCUACCCCAGACAGAUCGAACUCGCAUGGGAAGCGCCUACGGUGCAGCAAUUGCUCUUCUCUGUAGCGACAAAAGCAGACAGAGCGUUCGAGUUCAUGCGACUUUGGCCACACUGGCUCCAGCACGGCUCUCCCUGUCAGGUCGUCUUGCCCGAAGAGGACCGCAUGCAUGCAGAUUCUCUGCGAGCCAACAUGACCCAGCUGGGUCUCGAGAGGUGCAUACUGCAUUUCUCGACACAAGACUCGUAUGACAUGCGCGUGCUCUCGCAAGUCUCCAUCGCAAUGGACUAUGUUCGCCAAGGAAGCUUCGGUACAGAUGUCACACCCCGGUGGAUCAUCGUCGGUGACGAUGAUACCUUCUGGCUCGACAUCAGAUCAGUGCAAAGACUUGCCAGUCAAUACGACUCGAACGAGAUGAUCUUCAUGGGCGGCGUCACCGAAGCGAUGGCUCAGUACGGCGCUUUUGGUAUACAAGCCUAUGGAGGCGCAGGCAUCAUCUUUUCGGUCAGUCUCGCACGGGAGAUGUCAACACGUAUGCCCGACUGCGAGCGCGAAUUUGCUACCAGCUUUGGAGGGGAUGGCAAAUUGACCCGAUGUGCAGCUCUCGCCAUGAAUCGCACCAAGGAAGACGCAAUGACCGUCGUGGACGGUCUGCAUCAGCUUGACGUGCCGGGAGAUAAUACUGGCAUGUUCCAAUCUGGCUUGCCUUUCAUCUCGAUCCAUCACUUCAUCGCUGCCUGGGUCGACAUCUUUCCGACCUGGAUCUCAGGCGGCGAUUUCUUCGUGUCUAUCGAUCUCCUCCGGGACUCAGUGGCUUUCCUGGGCGGCGACAAUCUCUUCAAGCGCUUUGUGUUCAAUGACGGCAGAACGCUGCUCACACUUGGCUAUAGCAUCACUUUCUACUCUCAGCCUCUGCUCGAAUCGGACUUGCAUUCUCUGGAAUAUACCUGGGCAUACGAUGGCUACAAGCUGAGGUAUCCCGACAGACCACUGAUACCGGAGGCACCUCCCAAUUGGAACAUCAAAUUCAAGGAACGAAGACGGCAAUACAAACGGACCUUUUUCUUACGCCGCGUGGAAAGACUGGCCGAGGACUCAGCGAACUUUCUGUUCGAAGACAACUCGGGCGGACAGAUCAGCUACAUCUGGCAUACAUAG